AUGAUUCAGUAGAGUGUCCAGAUGGUUAUGGUAGAACUCAUUUAGGUUAAUGGGAUGGAGUAUCAUCUGGAUGUAUUUGUGAAAAUGGUGAUAUUAGUCAUUCUCUUACUUGUUUUUAUAAAUCUAAUUGUAAAAGAGUAAAAUCUCAUGAUUCUUAAUUAUUUACAACUUGGUAAUAAAAAUAAUAUUGUACUAAAUUAUAUGCUGAAUGGAAAACAUUAGAAGGUGCUGCUUGUGAAACAUCUUAUAAAUAAUGUGGUAAUGUUUGUGUACCAUAAAAUAAAAAUUGUCCACUUUCAGGUUUAAUUAAAGAUAAUUCAAGAUAAAAUGAUAGAAAUGCAAUAAAAAUAGGAACAGAUAAUUACAUUAAACAAUUUGAUAAUUCAUCACCUAUUGUUAGUAUUGAAGUUGUACCAGGAAUUGGAGAAAGUAAUUCUUCACCUUGUUAUAAUUAUAAAUUCAAUCCAAAAUUCUAAUCAAAUAAAUAUUAUCCUCUAGCAAAAAGACCUGAAAUUGGUUGUGAUGAUUAUAAAGAUUUGUAAUCUCAUCGAAUUACUUUAAAUACAUUUUCAGCUCAUCAAAUAUAUUAAUAAAAUGGUUUAGCAGAUGUACUAUCUUAAUUACCUUUCUAUUAAAAUUAUGAAGAUAAUUCAGAUACGUAUGCAUUAGAAGCCAUAAAGAAAAUUUAAAUUAAUACAAAUGAAGUAUGUUAGAAAUUGUCUCCAAAAGAUAUUGAUUAAAUAUCUAAGAGUGGAUAAAGAGUAUAUAAUUCAGAAAGAGCUAUGUCUUUAAUUAUUAUUAUAAGUGUAGGAAUUGUACUUUUCUUGGCUCCUAUUUUAUAUUUGAUGAAAAAUAGAGUAUAUUUAAUUUAUUUAAUAUUAGAUUUUCUCAUGGAUGGAUAUGACAGAUUUUCAUCAACCAAAAUUUUUAUGUGGUAUUGGAUUGAUCAUUGCCAUUUUAUGCAUAGGAUUAGGAGCAGUUUAUUUAAAUGAAGUAGAUGGAAAUGUAAUUUUUUUUUGCUAUAUUAUUUUAGAAUGGACUUAGAGAACAUAAUGCUUAAUUCUCUAAAUAUAUUGAGAAAAAUUGUUUCCCUGAUGAAGGUUUAAAAUAAGUAAUAUAUUUUUCAUGAUAAUUUUAGGCUAUUACUUAAGUUAAUCAUUUUGCUAAAAAUACUUAUUCGAGUACCUAUUCUCUUGUUAUUGCAGCAUUUUAUAUUAGUAUUAUAUAUAUUGUCCUUCUAAUAAUUUUUGUUGCUUACUAAUACUUUGCUCAUAAAUCAUUGUUUGAUAAUCCUUGGACUGCUAGAUAACAAGAAUAUUCAGAAUUUCAUUGA